AUGACUGAUGACGAGGAGUGGGUGGAAGCAGCCAUGAGUGACGAUAACAUGGUGGUGCAGCUGCUGCUACGGCUCAACCAGUAUUACCCGAGGCCGUUGGCUCCUUUUAAACAGAUGGCUUUGCCGCUUGAGUGGAGCGUGCGUCAACGCAGGUCUAAGCCUGUUGCAGUUGACUCCGCCUUGAAACCGGUUUUCAGAGGCAGCCAUACAACGCCACUGUCAUGCAACAGUGCCACCUCUAUCAGUGGCGGCUGUGUUGGAAGUGCUGGCACAGUUGACGGUAACUCUGAAGAGUCAAGCCGAUCCUCUGAUCCGAAACUCUCCAAACCCGCGAGAUCUGAGAGUUGGUGGGUGUGGAACCAUCUGUGGAUUGAAGGGGUGUGGUGGCAGUGUACUAAUUUGGGUGAGAAAUGUGGUAGCUGUGUGGUUUGUUGGCGACUUGGAGCUACCAACGACAAUGCACUGGUUCUGGUUUUGGUGGAGGAUUGGGAGGAGGUGCAGAUGGAGGAGGUACCGAUGACAAUGCACUGGUUCUACAUCUCUUGGUUCGGGGACUGCCAUGUCUUUUAA